AUGGCGACUCCGGUGUCCGUGGUCUGCGUGGGCAUGGCAGGCUCUGGAAAGACCACGUUCAUGCAGAGAAUCAACUCUUAUCUGCACGAAAAGAAAACCGUGCCAUACGUGCUCAAUCUCGACCCCGCGGUACACUCGGUGCCUUUCGAUAGCAACAUCGAUAUCCGUGAUUCGAUUAACUACAAAGAAGUGAUGAAGCAGUACAACUUAGGCCCCAAUGGAGGUAUUUUGACUUCGUUAAACCUGUUCGCCACCAAGGUCGACCAAAUCAUCUCUCUCUUGGAGAAGCGCACUACUCCGAACCCCGAAAACCCCUCCGCAAAGCCAAUCGAACACAUUUUGGUCGACACACCCGGCCAGAUCGAAGUUUUCGUCUGGAGUGCGUCCGGUAGCAUUCUUCUAGAAACUCUCGCAUCAUCAUUCCCCACGGUCAUUGCAUAUGUCAUCGACACACCUCGUGCGAGUUCUACCAGCACCUUUAUGAGUAACAUGCUCUACGCCUGCAGUAUCUUAUACAAGACCAAGCUGCCUAUGAUUCUGGUUUUCAACAAGACCGAUGUUAAGGAUGCAGAAUUUGCCAAGGAGUGGAUGACCGACUUUGAUGCGUUCCAGCAGGCUUUGCGGCAAGAGGAAGAAUCAGGCGCUUUUGGAACCGAGGGCGGUGCUGGGGGCUUUGGCUCUGGUAGUGGAUAUAUGGGUUCCCUUCUGAACAGCAUGAGCCUGAUGUUGGAAGAAUUCUACCGACACCUGAGCAUUGUCGGCGUCAGUUCGAUGACUGGCGAUGGUGUCGAAGAGUUUUUCGAGGCUGUGGAAACAAAGCGCCAGGAGUUUGAGCGCGACUACAAGCCCGAGUUAGAGCGUAAGAAGAAGGAGCGUGAAGAUCAGAAGGAAUCUCAGCGGGAACUUGAGCUUGGGAAAUUAAUGAAAGACAUGAGUGUUUCUGGGGCAAGCAGACAGCCACCAAAGCCCUCUUCCGCUGCUGAGGCUGAGACUGUCAGUGAAGCCGAAGAUGAGGAGGACGAGAUUAUCAAACGCGGUCUGGCAGAUGGAGAGGAUGACAGCGACUAUGAGGACUACCAGGGCCCUGACGCUGGCAAUGAUGAGGGUCUCUCUCAUCGUUAUAGAGAGGCGCUCUCGGGUGCUCAAAGUGCCCCGUCAGACCAGGACAACAGCUUCACAAGAUAUCUGCGUGCGAGCAACAUGCAACAGUGA